AUGAAUAUUGAGUGGGACUUUCCAGAUGCACCAUUCACCAGCGCUCCGUUUGCUGGUAUUGAUCAGGUCUACGACCCGCCAUAUUACGAGUUCUGGUCAAAGGACAGCCUAGCAACAAUCCGUGGUAGUUGCUCUUGGUUGUUCGGCUACACUGAGCGGAACGGGCCUUAUGAUGCAGUGAUGUCCUUCUCGCAAGGAGGAACUCUUGUUGCAAGUGCCCUGCUUCUGCAUGAAGCAGAGACAUCUCGCCUGCCACAACCAUUCAAGGCAGCCAUUUUCUUCGGCGGGGGCCCGCCCCUGACGGUGAUGGACAGUCUCGGUUUUGAUAUCGCUGAGGACUCCUAG